UGAUGAUGGUGAAAAUAGGAGUUCUUCUAUCGGUCAUGGCGGCCACAGUGUUCGCGAAAAAUUUGGGUCAUGGUGGUCUCCCUUCCCUCCAGCGCCCUCCUAUUUCUAUUCCUGGUCCCGGUAAUUUCCCAAGUUUCCCAGGCUCUGGUUCGUCGUCCUACUAUUACAUUCAGUAUUUGUACUACCUGUACCGCACCCAGGGACCCAACUCCUCAAGCUUCCAGCAGUAUUACCAAUACCUCAGCAGGAGAGGCAUACUACCGCGCGGAGGCCUGCCAUUUGGUGGUGCUGGUGGUCGUCCAGGAUCACAGACUUCCAGUGGCUCAUCAUUCACUUCUUUCUCAUCAUCAAACAGGGGUUCACCUUUUAGAGGAAGCGGCUUUCCAGCUUUGAGCGGUGGUUCUCCUUUGGGCGGUUUUUCAGGACUUAGCGGCGGAUCUCCUUUGGGUGGUUUACCCGGACUUAGCGGAGGUUCUCCUUUGGGUGGUUCUCCAUUUGGAGGAAGUGGUUUGCCAGGAUUGAGCGGUGGUUCUCCUUUGGGCGGUUUAUCCGGACUUAGCGGAGGUUCUCCUUUGGGUGGUUCUCCAUUCGGAGGAAGCGGCUUGCCAGGAUUGGGCGGAGGUUCUCCUUUGGGUGGUUUAUCAGGACUUAGCGGAGGUUCUCCUUUGGGUGGUUCUCCAUUUGGAGGAAGCGGUUUGCCAGGAUUGAGCGGAGGUUCUCCUUUGGGUGGUUCUCCAUUUGGAGGAAGCGGCUUGCCAGGAUUGGGCGGCGGUUCUCCUUUGGGUGGUUUACCAGGACUUAGUGGAGGUUCUCCUUUGGGUGGUUCUCCAUUUGGAGGAAGCGGUUUGCCAGGAUUGAGCGGAGGUUCUCCUUUGGGUGGUUCUCCAUUUGGAGGAAGCGGCUUGCCAGGAUUGGGCGGUGGUUCUCCUUUGGGUGGUUUAUCAGGACUUAGCGGAGGUUCUCCUUUGGGUGGUUCUCCAUUUGGAGGAAGCGGUUUGCCAGGAUUGAGCGGAGGUUCUCCUUUGGGUGGUUCUCCAUUUGGAGGAAGCGGCUUGCCAGGAUUGGGCGGCGGUUCUCCUUUGGGUGGUUUACCAGGACUUAGCGGAGGUUCUCCUUUGGGUGGUUCUCCAAUUGGUGGAAGUGGUUUGCCAGGAUUGAGUGGCGGUUCUCCUUUGGGCGGUUUACCAGGAUUGAGCGGAGGUUCUCCUUUGGGCGGUUUAUCAGGACUGAGCGGAGGUUCUCCUUUGGGUGGUUCUCCAUUUGGAGGAAGCGGUUUGCCAGGAUUAAGCGGAGGUUCUCCUUUGGGCGGUUUAUCAGGACUUAGCGGAGGUUCUCCUUUGGGUGGUUCUCCAUUUGGAGGAAGCGGUUUGCCAGGAUUAAGCGGAGGUUCUCCUUUGGGCGGUUUAUCAGGACUUAGCGGAGGUUCUCCUUUGGGUGGUUCUCCAUUCGGAGGAAGCGGUUUGCCAGGAUUGAGCGGUGGUUCUCCACUCGGAGGAAGCAGUUUGCCAGGAUUGAGCGGAGGUUCUCCAUUUGGCGGAAGUGGUUUUUCAGGACCCUCAGGUAUUGACGGUUCUUCCGGUUUAGGAGGCGGCUCUACUUAUGGAGGAAGUCCUUCAUCUGUCGGUUAUGGGGACUCUAGUUACGGAUCUUCCGGGUCUUAUCCCUCCCAAAAAAGCGGACCCUAUUAGAUAUUCGAAAUGAAGAAGAUGGUAGAUGGGGACAGAAAGCUGUGUAAGAUACUUCACGAAUAAAACACUGUGUUUGGACAAUUAUGUGUUGAAUAGUUUU